CUUCUUUUAGACCACAAACAUCUCUUCCCCACCAAUCUUUGAAUAAAAAAAUCCUCUGGGGUUUCUAAAAGAAAAGGUAUAUUACAAUUGCAACCCCCAUCCUCUUAAUUUCCAAGGAAAAAUGGGUCUGAGAGACAUCGGAGACUCACUGCCUCCAGGAUUCAAAUUUUAUCCUAGUGACGAGGAGUUGAUCUGCCAUUAUCUGUACAAGAAGAUUGCUAAUGAAGAAGUUCUGAAGGGUACUCUGGUGGAAAUUGACCUGCAUACAUGCGAGCCAUGGCAGCUUCCUGAUAUGGCAAAGCUAAAUUCAACAGAGUGGUACUUCUUUAGCUUUCGAGAUCGAAAGUAUGCAACUGGGUUUAGGACCAAUAGGGCCACUACAUCUGGAUACUGGAAGGCUACCGGGAAGGAUCGGACGGUUCAUGAUCCGAGAUCUCGUGCUAUCGUGGGGAUGAGGAAGACGCUGGUUUUCUACAGAAACAGAGCUCCAAAUGGGAUCAAAACUGGUUGGAUCAUGCAUGAGUUUCGCCUGGAGAACCCACAUGUACCUCCCAAGGAAGACUGGGUAUUAUGUAGAGUAUUUCACAAAGGCAAGCAAGAGAAUAACGAUGAACAUAGCCAGCAAAAUGUGUUCGACAAAACAGCUGGUGUCAUCUCUCCAAAUUUGGCUACAUCUUCUCCUUGUGGGUAUCACCAAACCACCUCAUUCUGCCACAGCUCACCCCAAAACCAAAUCCAAAGCACUCUCCUAAACUUGUCUCCAUGGAACCCUAAUUUUCUUCAACUGUCUCGGGACACGAACGAAGUUCCCAUCAAUGGGAUGAUGAACUCCAAAUGCGAGGAUGAAUACGGGUUCUUGUUUGAUCUGAGCUUUGAAGAGAGCAGUGUGGGAGAUGGAGCAACUUCGAACCUAGAGGAAAUGAGAUUUGAUGAUGAUAACAGUUUAGUUUUCCAUUAAACUGUAGUUGUUUAGAGACCAGAAGAAGCUUUGUAGUUUAUAAAAAAACUGUCAUUGUGUUGUAGUGUUGAAGUAGAAGUCUUGUUUAAUUGGACAUUCACCAAGUCAGUAAUGUAUGUGGAAGGUAAAUUAGUGGUUUGUAGAUUUGUGUGUUACAAUAUUGUUGCCC